AAGGGAGAGACGUCAUUGUGAGGAAAGAACCGGGGAGCGGAAUUGAAGCGUCUAUUUUCCCAGUAAUAUUAAUGGUAAAGGAACUAUUUUUUAAUGAUUCGGAGCCAUUUAACCGCUGAGUCAGAAACGCCCGAAAGGAUCUAACAUUAGGUUAAAGAACCUCACUACGAUUUCAGGAAGUUACUGUCUGAAAAUAUGUGGUCUUAAACCCAAAUGCAAAUAAGGGACCUGGAGAUUCAAGUUAUGUGGCGAGUGAAAUCGGAGUGACCUGAAACUGCGGGAGAAGGGCGCAUUGACCUCGAAAGACAGCCGGGCUAAAUCGGACGCUGCUGGCAGCCAUGAAACAAAGAUAUAUCAUGGAACCUCUUUAAGAAACCAUCAAACUCCCAACAUGCAAAAAAAGAACAAAUUGUGCAAACAGCAAAAAGCGAGCAAACGACAUUUGGAAUAUCAAACCAAGAGUGCAGUACUAUUCAGUUCAGUUCAGCACUAUGCCGCCAAACCACUGCAGGCCGCAGAGCCAUUUUUUGCCAAAGCGCCCCAGUCCACAUUGAUCGCCUUGAUGAAGCAGCUCAAAAACAGCAAAGAAAAAGUAACUAGAAUCCAGAAACACAUGCAACAUGAACCUAAAGGUCCCUCAGAAAAGUGCAGAAAACAUAUCAACGUGCCUUGGUCUGGUUUCCUAAAGAUGCAAACAUGAAGGAUGUUGAUGCCAGAAUAGAGUAUGUAAUUUCCAAGCCUGGAUGUAAAACAGUGAAUAGAAAAUCCCUGCAGUUGGAGAACCAUAAUGAGCGAGGCAAAAUACAGAAGAGAGAGUUGUGUGAAAAUGCUUUGGAAACAGCAGGUCGUGUAGAAGGCUUGUCGCUGGAUGUUUCAACACAUUCCUGUAUACAAAUCUUGGAUGAAGAAAAACAGAAGGGGAAGUAUCACCAAAGUUUACACCUGUUCAAGCCCUUUCGUAGCUCUACCAAACAACAGCAUCCUGUGGACAAUGCAGGCUUCUUUUCAUUUAUGACCUUCAGUUGGUUGACGUCUUUGGCAUUCACGGCUUAUAAAAAAGGGCAUCUAUUAUUGGAAGAUGUUUGGCCCCUGUCAAAAUAUGAAUCUUCUGAAAUUAACAGCAGAAGAUUAGAACGGCUGUGGCAAACAGAGUUGAAAGAAUGUGGCCAGGAAAAUGCCUCACUAAACAGAGUGAUUUGGAGGUUUUGCCAGACAAGGCUGGUCAUCUCUGUGAUCUGCUUGAUGGUUACAAUGGUGGCCGGCUUCUGUGGACCAGCUUUUCUUGUGAAACGUCUUCUAGAUUAUGCAGCACUGAAUGAGUCGAAUCUGCAGUAUGGUUUGUUGUUGAGUCUUGGGCUGUUUUUGACAGAAGUAAUCCGCUCCUGGUCAUUGGCAAUGACCUGGGCAUUGAACUAUCGCACUGCUGCCAGGCUUAGAGGAGCUGCCCUUACCAUGGCAUUUGAUAAAAUUCUGAAACUUAAGAACAUGAAGGAGAAAUCUUUGGGUGAGCUUAUUAACAUCUGCUCCAGUGAUGGACAGCGAUUGUUUGAAGCUGUUGCAUUUGGAAGUUUGUUGGCAGGUGGACCUCUUGUAGCAAUUCUGGGAAUGAUUUAUAAUGCCACAUUGCUUGGUCCCACUGCCUUCCUAGGGUCUGCAGUUUUCAUACUCUUCUAUCCAGCUAUGAUGUUCGUGUCCCGGCUGACUGUAUACUUCAGAAGGAAGUGCAUUUCUGUGACCGAUGAGCGUGUUCAAAGAAUGAAUGAAGUCAUCUCUUACAUAAAAUUUAUUAAAAUGUAUGCCUGGGUGAAAGCAUUUUCACAGAGUAUUCUCAAAAUCAGAGAGGAUGAACGACAAAUCUUAGAAUACGCUGGAUAUUUUCAAAGCAUCAGCGUGGGUAUUGCUCCAAUUGUUGUGGUUAUAGCAAGUGUAAUGACUUUCUCUGUCCAUAUGCUCUUGGGCUAUGACCUUACUGCUGCUGAGGCCUUUACUGUGGUGACUGUUUUCAAUGCUAUGACUUUUUCCCUUAAAGUCACUCCAUUCUCCGUGAGAUCACUUUCUGAGGGAUCUGUGGCAGUGGAUAGAUUUAAAAGUUUAUUUCUAAUGGAAGAGUUUCACAUCAUAAGAAAAAAGCCAGAAAGUUCUCAAAUCGCCAUAGAACUGAAGAAUGCUACUCUGGCUUGGGACUCCCCAAAUUCUAGUGCUCAGUCCUCGCCGAAGAUGACACCCAAACUGAGAAAGGACAAACGUGAAUCCAGAGGGAAAAAAGAGACAAAGGAAAUUCACCAGAAUGAACAAAAUGGUCCUUUAACUGAGCAGAAUGGAUAUCUUCUAACAAACAAUGACUCGCAGCCCAGUCCAGAUGAGAAGGAAAUUUCUCUGAUCAGUCCAAGAUUACAGAGGACACUGCACAAUAUCAAUCUUAGCAUAGAAAAGGGGAAGCUUGUUGGAAUCUGUGGCAGUGUAGGAUCCGGCAAGACAUCCUUGAUUUCUGCAGUUUUGGGUCAGAUGACCCUGAUAGAAGGAAGUAUUGCACUUGAUGGAAAUUUUGCCUACGUGGCUCAACAAGCAUGGAUUCAAAGUGCCACUGUUAGAGAGAAUAUUCUGUUUAACAAAGCAUACAAUGAAGAAAGAUAUAAUAAUGUUCUUGCUGUAUGCUGCCUUAGGCAAGAUCUUGCAAUAUUGCCCAAUGGAGAUUUGACACAGGUAGGCGAACACGGGGCUAACUUGAGUGGAGGACAACGCCAGAGAAUAAGUUUAGCACGUGCAUUGUACAGUGACAAAAGCAUUUAUAUCUUGGAUGAUCCACUCAGUGCACUAGAUGCUCAUGUUGGGAAUCACAUCUUCAACAAUGCAAUUAAAAAGCAACUAAAUUUGAAGACUAUUCUGUUUAUCACUCACCAGCUUCAGUAUUUGGUCAACUGUGACGAAGUACUGUUAAUGAAGGACGGUUGUAUAACUGAGAGGGGGUCUCAUGAAGAGUUAAUAAUCUUGAAUGGAGAUUAUGCAGCAAUGUUCAAUAAUCUACAGCUGGGAGACGCUCCACAUAUUGAGGUACACAAUCAAAAAAAUGCCAACAGUUCCUUGAAGAAACCUCAAGACAAAAGCCAGACUGGAUCAGUAAAGAAGGAAAGGAAUGUGAAUAAAGCAACAGAUCAGCUCGGACAGUUGGAGGAUAAAGGAAAAGGUUCCCUACCAUGGUCCGUGUAUGGAGUGUACAUCCAAGCAGCAGGAGGCCCACUUGCGUUUUUCUUUAUAUUAGUCCUUUUUGUAAUGAAUGUAGGAAGUGUUGCCUUUAACAACUGGUGGCUUAGUUACUGGAUCAAGGCAGGAAGUGGGAAUACAUCUGUGACGAUAGGGAAUAGAACUCAUGUGGGUCAAAGCAUGAAGGACAAUCCGCAUUUGCGUUACUAUGCAGAGAUCUAUGCACUUUCUAUGGCAGUAAUGCUGAUUCUCAAAGCAGUGCGUGGCAUUGUAUUUGUUAAGGGAACGCUUAGAGCUUCAUCCCGCCUUCAUGAUGAGCUCUUUCGUAAAAUCCUCAGGGUCCCCAUGAAAUUUUUUGACAUUACACCCACUGGCCGAAUUCUCAAUAGAUUUUCAAAGGAUAUGGAUGAAGUGGACACAAGGCUUCCUUUACAAACAGAAAUGUUUAUUCAGAACAUCAUUCUGGUAUUUUGCUGCAUUGGUGUCAUUGCUGCUGUCUUCCCAUGGUUUUUGGUUGCCGUUGCUCCUCUUGUGAUUCUUUUCGUGAUUCUCAACCAGGUAUCCAGGAUUUUUAUCCGAGAAUUAAAGCGUUUGGACAACAUCACUCAUUCUCCUUUCCUAUCACAUGUCACAUCCAGUAUACAGGGAUUAACCACAAUUCAUGCUUAUAACAAGACAGCAGAAUACAGAUGCAGGUACCAGGAGCUGUUAGAUGCUAAUCAGGCUCCAUUCUUCCUAUUCACUUGUGCAAUGCGUUGGCUUGCCGUGAGACUGGACGUAGUCAGUAUUGUUCUUAUUGGGACAACUGCAGUAAUGAUAGUUUUAAUGCAUGGUCAUAUUCCUCCAGCUUAUGCAGGACUUGCAAUUUCUUAUGCUGUCCAGCUUACUGGUUUAUUUCAGUUUACUGUCCGACUUGCUUCUGAGACUGAGGCUAGAUUCACUUCUGUGGAAAGAAUUCAUCACUACAUAAAGAUUCUGGAAUUGGAAGCUUCAGCUCAUGUUAAGGAUAAAACUCCUCCUGCUGACUGGCCUCAGCAUGGACAAAUAACAUUUGCAAAUGUUGAGAUGAGAUAUCGUGAGAAUCUACCUCUGGUAUUAAAGAAAGUGUCCUUCACUAUUAAACCUCAAGAAAAAAUUGGUAUUGUGGGGAGAACUGGAUCAGGAAAGUCAUCACUAGGAAUAGCAUUGUUCCGAUUAGUUGAACUCUCAGGUGGUUCAAUAAUCAUUGAUGGGGUGAACAUUACUGAAAUUGGUUUGGCUGAUCUUCGCAGCAAACUAUCCAUUAUUCCUCAAGACCCAGUUUUGUUCACUGGUACUGUGAGAUAUAAUCUAGAUCCUUUUCAGCAAUACUCAGAGGAGCAGGUGUGGGAUGCAUUGGAGAGAACACACAUGAAAGAAUGUAUUUCUCAGCUGCCUUUAAAGCUGGAAUCUGAUGUGAUGGAAAAUGGAGAGAAUUUCUCAGUCGGAGAAAGACAGUUAAUAUGUGUGGCUAGAGCACUACUACGGAGGUGUAAGAUUUUGGUAUUGGAUGAAGCUACAGCUGCCAUGGAUACAGAAACAGACUCUUUGGUGCAAGAGACAAUCCGGGAAUCAUUUGCUGACUGUACAAUGUUGACCAUUGCACAUCGUUUGAAUGCAGUACUCAGCUGUGAUCGUGUCAUGGUGCUAAGUCAGGGUCAGGUUAUGGAAUUUGAUAAACCAUCUGUUCUUUUAUCCAAUGAGAACUCACGAUUUGGUGCAAUGUUUGCUGCUGCUGAAAAUAAAGUUGCUGUAAAGGGCUAAUAAAAUUGAUGGCAUUUUCUCCAGAAUCCUGAACUUGGUAACUGUGGCAUGUUGCCUCCAAUUCUCUAUCCAGGGACAACACAACCUCAGUUUUAUAGCACCUUGCACCAUGUACCUUCAGAGCAGUUCCAGCUGCUCUGUCAAACGUUUUUUCCUCAUUAUUUUCAUAAUAAUAAAUGGAGUUAAUUAUCUUAACUUGAAAUGCACUCUUAAGGUUCAGAGAGCCUUUGAUAUUGAUAGCUCCAUAUGCCUAAAGUUAAGCUUUACACAUUAUAGAUCUAUAAAUCUGUAUAUAGAAUAUUUGAAAAACAUACAUGCUGUACUUUACUUUGUAUUCUAUUUUUGCACUAUUAAUAUUGUGCUUUCUUUUGUAUUCUAUCCUGUACAGUUUUGCACUGUAUCAGUCUGCUAUUUAACUGUGAGACAGUUGUCGAUGUCAAGCUAUAUUUAUAUAGAAUAAAGAGUGCUUCUAUUCAUAAAUCAAUAUAUUAAAAUAUAUGACUGUUUUAUCCAGACAGCAUUGAGUGUUGCUUGGGCAUCAGUAUGGAAUGGAAUAUUUAAUAGAAUUCUGACUUUAGAAUGGCACUAGUUUGUCUGGGUUCUUUGUUAUUGAGUGAAGAAAUAUAUCUCAGGAUCAACUUGCAUUUUACUGUAUGAUUUGCACUGUUGGAAAUUAUGUACUGUUGAUAAAAGUUAUUUACUGAAGUCCACAUGAAAGUGGUCACUCCUGUUGCCAUAGAAGCUUGUUACAUUUGUCCAGACAAUGUUGCAUGUAUUUGUCCACCUUGUACUUUUUAGAGCCUUAGCAUGAUUUUGCAACCUAAGCAAACCUGCCUUGUUAAAUCUUUAAAAAUAUAAAUAAACUAUUUUCUA